AUGGACCACCACCAAAGCAAUGGAGUGGACCAUUCAAUGGCUGACGCCCCUGACCCCGUUCCCGAGUCAGCACAUGACUUCGACUGGGGUGAUGAUCAUGAAGAGCUCAUCAUUGACGAAUAUGAAUCGCCUCAUGAAAACGAAGAGUUUGUACAAUCCUUGGUCGAUAGAAAGUUGUUGCCAACUGGCUGUUGCUACGAUGACCGGAUGAAGCUGCAUGCAAAUGCAGACUUUGGACCCACGCCACAUCACCCAGAAGAUCCUAGAAGGAUAGAGGAAAUUAUGAAGAUCUUCAAGAAGGCAGGUCUGGUGUUCACAGGACCGGACACUGACUUGGCGGACAUCCUCCAAAACACUCCGACCAAGUACAUGUGGAGAGUUCCAGCUCGCAGUGCCACACAGGACGAAAUACAGACUGUACACACAAGGGAGCAUUACCGGUUCAUUGAAUCAUUUGUCAACAUGGAUACAGAUCAACUGCGCAAACUAAGCCAUGAAAUGGAUCAGGGCCGAGCCUCACUCUAUGUUGGUGCCCUAUCCUUUGAAGCUGCACUAUUGGCUGCUGGAGGCGCGAUUGAGACUUGCAAGAACGUUGUUGAGGGAAAGAUCAAAAAUGGCAUUGCUGUGAUCCGCCCGCCCGGCCAUCACGCAGAAUUUGAUCAGCCGAUGGGCUUUUGUUUUUUCAACAACGUUCCGGUUGCAGCAAAGGUAUGCCAACAGGAGUAUCCCGAAACAUGCCGCAAGAUUCUCAUUCUCGACUGGGAUGUCCAUCAUGGAAACGGCAUUCAGAACAUGUUCUACGACGAUCCAAACAUCCUAUACAUCUCCUUGCAUGUCUACGCAAAUGGAAACUUCUACCCUGGAAAGCCAGACAAUAUGUACAUACCUGAUGGCGGGAUCGACUCCGUCGGCGAAGGCGCUGGCGAGGGCAAGAACAUCAACAUUGGAUGGGACAAUCAGGGCAUGGGAGACGGUGAAUAUCUGGCUGCAUUCCAGAAGAUCGUUAUGCCCGUUGCUCAGGAGUUCUGCCCAGAUCUUGUGAUCAUAUCGGCUGGGUUUGACGCGGCCAAAGGCGACGAACUUGGCGGUUGUUUCGUGACUCCAGGCUGCUACGCGCACAUGACACACAUGCUCAUGUCACUUGCUGGCGGCAAGGUGGCAGUCUGCCUCGAGGGAGGCUACAAUCUCAAGGCUAUAUCUCAGUCAGCCCUGGCUGUGGCGCGAACACUCAUGGGAGAGCCGCCGCCCCAGAUGCAGAUUCCACGCAUCGACAAGACGGCAGCACGGGUGCUGGCUAAAGUUCAAGCCACCCAUGCUCCAUAUUGGGAAUGCAUGCGUCCUGGAGUGAUUGAUGCUCAGGUGAUAGGUGAAGGCACAUCACGGCUUCACGACGUCAUCCGCAACUACCAGCGACAAAACUUGUCCGAGCAAUUCGGCAUGGUCCCGCUUUUCAUCCAGCGCGAGACCCUAUUCAAGUCUUUCGAAAACCAAGUUCUGGUGACUCCAGGCAUUACGCAGAAGAGAAAGAUACUUGUCAUCAUUCAUGAUCCGCCUGAGCUGGUAGGCAUGCCAGACCUCAUUGAUAACACUGUAGACCCGCAUAAUGCAUUUUUGUCGGAUGGUGUCACGACUUACAUCAAGUGGGCACAAGAAAACGAUUUUGGUGUUAUAGAUGCCAACGUUCCGCAUUACAUUACACGACCCGAGGAUGUUGAUCCUUUCGUGCCGCGGCCGGGAGAACUCACACUUUCUCAGCAGAUCAAAGAGCUCAUGAACUAUAUAUGGGACAACUAUGUCCAGCUGUAUGAUUUCGAUGACCUGUUCCUCAUGGGCGUUGGAAAUGCCUACCUUGGAGUUAAGCUCCUUCUAACCGAGAGACACUGCAAAGACCGCAUUUCAGGUGUCGUCAACUUUGUGACUGGUAACUUACGACCUGUCAAAUCCGCUACGGACGAGACUCUUUCCGGUUGGUACAAGCGAAAUUCCCUUGUUUACGUGUCGGCAGACCACGCUUGCUGGUCGGACCCCGACCUGACUAAGAAGGUGAACAAGAGGAGAUUUGGAGAUGUACAGAAGAGUGACAAGGUCGGCCUGAACCACAUGAUGCAGCGACAUGCUCCCCAGGUAUUCGACUUCAUCGCAGAACGGCAGUCGAGAAGCGGAUACACGACAGAAGAGGAUAAGAUGAGCUAG